AUGCCCCCGGUCACAUUCAAACCGCAUUCUCCUGUGGAGGUUAGAAGCGCAAUGCGCACAUCCUCAAGUCUGGAAAACCUGUCAAGUCUCGGUUACACGAUUCCGUCCUCAUGCAGGCCGCCACCGGCAUCUGUAUCAAAAAAUCUUGGCCGUCUAAUGUUCUGCCAAGUGUGUGGACACCUUAUUGAAAUCCCUUUGAGCUAUUCAAAACUGGUUGUGUUAUGCGACAACUGUCGUGAAUCAACCGUAAGUACGGGGAAUUGUUGUGUCUGGUUGCUGUCUGAACUAACAGCUCGCGGUUAUCUAACAUCAGCAAUUGGUCCGUUUCUUCCGUUUCUGCAGCCAUCCAGACCACCACCAAGUGGUCGCCGUUUCUUUCGGUGCCCCUGUGGACGCCUCAUCCUCGUUCCCAUGUACGUACCAUGUGUUAAUUGUCCAAGGCCGGGAUGUCGUCGAUUGCUGCUGUUGCCAGCAACAAAAGCUGCAGAGUUUACUGAGUUAACACGUACUCAAUCGGCUCAGGCGGCAACAGAUAUGAGAGGUGGAACUCCAGUGGAGUCUGGACUCAUAACAACCAACUGGCCGAACGAAGGAAUCCGACCGAUCGAACUGCGCUGUGGUUAUUGCUACUACCGAUUCUUUGCACCAGGUGCUCUCAGAUUGACUUCGGAUGCAAAAUGCCCGCAGUGUAAGCGCCUCACAUCAGUUGGUCCGGACUUUGCUCGAAUACGGGCUUCCAGGUUGCUGAUCUACGCAGUGUUAGCAUUUACAGCAGCAAUAAUUCCUUCAGUGGUAACGUAUGUGUACAGAGAAGAAAUCGAGGGCCACUACUGUUCCAUCUUGGGUUUGGGACUCGCCGGUCUUAUCAUGUCCAUCAAAUCAAUCCAGUACUACCGAAUGCCUGUCAGUCGUAUCGUCAUUGGCGGCUAUGAAAUAUGAAGAUUUGAGAAUAAAAUAUUUUUAGGUCAGAAAGACAUCUGAGUAGAAGGAGCAAUAACAUGAUCCGCUACACACAGGUUCCACUGGUUUGACAACAAAGCAUAGAGGAAAUGGAAGAAAUAUGCGCCACAGCACUAAAAUACGGGAAUUGAGAACAUCACAGAUAUUACAAGUCACAUAUCACAAAUAAGUAGAUUUUCGAGUAUCUUUCACUGACUGUAGGGAGAAUUCAUUUUGGAUGGCGGACUCGGAAAAUUCCACAGGUCGCCAGUCUGAAUGCGCGUUAGUCCAGUUAGCUCCAAAAGAAUCGUCCAUCAAAUCACGGGAACUUGUCACACCUUCGGUAUCACGUAAAAGAUGGACGCGAUCUGAAAAAUCCCGCUCACUGAAAUAGCGUGUCAAUCGACUGGAAAUUCCUGUACAAAAGGAAUAGAAAACAGUAGAAAUCCAUAAGAGUUGGAGUGAUGUGAAGUAGCUUGCUGUCCAAAGACUAAUCGAGUGGAAGUUAAUGUGUACUUCUGAAGAAAGCCCGCAGCAGUUGGAGUCUUGCAGUUCCGUAUUCUCGUCAUCUAACAACGGUACCUUACAACAUGGAGCGACUUUCUGAACAGGACAUCGUGAAUGUCAUGAAUUGCAGCUGUUACAAUCGCUUACACUACUGACAGCAAAACCUCGCAAACUGUCCGUAGCUGUCACACUGCACAUGUUGUCAGAGUAUGGAUCUUGUUAGUUGUUACCACAGUCAUCAUCGACCAACCAGGUCAACCUUGUUGUUGAUGAUGUUGACACACCAAAAAAAGAUAGAUCCAUACAUGGACACAGACUGUAAACCGAAUUUCCAGCUUACAGUGCAACCAGCAGAUCUUAUUGUGAUGAAAAGAUGCUUCGACUGAACGGUCAAAAGUCGGUUCGUUGUCCAGCAAAUCAAGUAUGCACUCAUAUGGUAGGAUUAUACCUUGAUCAGGGUGAACGACAAACUAUUUCACAGCAGAGACUGAAACUGGUAACGGGGAUGGAAAUAUUUUGACGGAAUUAUUGGGGCUUAAGUAAUUUGCAAACACCUUGACCCACUGCCUAGUGUCACCACGCAGAUUGCAACUAGAAAAUAAUGUGGAAUGGCGGUCCUCGUGACAUAAACUCGGGGCAACUAUAAAUUUAAAGACCACUCUUGAACGAUUCACCGGAUAUAGGAUUUGGUAGACUGACAGUUAAUAUCGGUAAGUGAAAUUUCUAUCACCUCCACAAAGGAGUUUAAGUUGAACGCGCCAAUAUGCCCAAUCUACCCCGUGGGAGAGUAUGGAAGCGGGUGAACUCCGUAUCGAAAUAACAAUGGAAGCUUUCAACAACUGAUGGAGACCCUAAGCAAGAAAGAAAAAUCAGGUGGCGUACGACGGUCCACCUACUCAAAGUAAUAAGUCACCUAGUCCCUAUGUGUGAUAGACACAGCUGCUUCUCGUAGAAGACAGUUCAUGCCUGCAGACGGGUCUAGAUAUUGCCGGCGAGCUGAAACCUCGGACAAGAGAGCGACCGGAGCUUUCAACUUAAAAUUCCAAUCACAAAAUGGCGGAAGGGAGGUUCAGCCUGUGAUGAUCAGUUUGCCGAACAUGCUCCAACUCUGAAGGUCAGGGGACUACUGUUCAACCAUUUACUCACACACUAAACUGCGACGAAAUCCUGUAUCAAAAAAGGGACCUAGAGUAUAUCAUUUCAGAGGGGUUUGGUAAACAAUCGGUGGAUUUAUUGUUUACCAAACUCCUCUGAAACGAUGACUUCCCAAUCGGUCCCAAACAUUUUCCAAUUGAUUGACCUACAGUAUAGCUCAGUAGGACACGGAGGCGCAUAAACUGUCACACCGCGGUUAUUGAAUUCAACUUGACCUCGUGACAAUUGCCUCAUUCAUUUGCUUACUCCGUCCACGAGCUUUUGAUGUCCACUUGUUUUGCUUGUAUUCGCCCACCAUUCACCUUGCCACAAAGGCCGUCCCGUCCGACACUGGUGUACUAGCAUAUAUGUAUGUGUGUGAAUAUGCGCAACUAACCCACUAACCACAUGCGUGUUCAUGCUUCGUUUGUUGAGUCUGCCCUGACUUGUUCUGUCAUGGGUUCCAUGUGAUCGCAUCGCCAAUCAGAAUCACGAUAGCGUCCUCG